UGGCAGACCAACCACAUUGUUGCUUAGAUAAGGUUUCACCUUCCCUCUUGGGAACACAAAUAUAGUUUGUUUCCUUUUUGAGCCCAGAAGUAAAGAGAUAGAAGCUUGCUUCUGUCCCUAGUUUUAGACUAUAUAUAUAUAUAUAUAUAUCACCUCUCACCAGCAUUUUGACUCCAAGGCUAUAUAAUUUGUUGGGCAUAGAUUUGAUUCUUACUCCAAUUUUAUUCUAAUCUCCAAAUAAUGAUCUUCAUGUGACUUUUGACUCUCAGAAGGUUUUUAGUGGUUUCCACAUUGAUAUGAGUAAUGGUACUCGGUCAUUUUUGUAGCAUUUAGUGAUUUGUGCUCCCUCUUAUCUCUGCUUUUAAUCUACAUUAUGUUUAAAGAAACUAAAAUUUAAACCUAUAUAAAGUUGAAACUUAACUGGUAGUUGUGAUAGAUUGAUGGAAUAGAUGGCAGAUCAACUUUGCGGUCCAUAGAUGAUGUAGUUGACAAAGUCAGGAAAAUAAUUUCUUAUGAUGCUGUCUUUAUGUGGUGAGAAUGGAAUAAAUGAUCAUAUCAUAGCUGUAAUCAGAUAUAUAUUUAUGAUCAUAGCUGUAAUCAGAUUUCUUUAGGAAAGAUGUAAAGGUAAUCAAAUGGACUUGUUAUCCGAGUUGUUGCAGUGUUCACUUUAUGUGGUGCAUACAUUUAAAAGUGGAAAGCUUAUUACUAAUUUAGGGCUACAUGUAGUGUAAAUACAGGCUUUGCGAUUUGGGCAUUGGGUGGGAAAGUUAUUUGAAGCAAACAGUUUGCUGUGAGUUGUUUCUGAUCAUAGCAUAAAAGAUUCUCUGCUCCUGUUUUCUUCACAAAAAUUGGAUUUUGGCAACUAAAAUAUCGAAAGAUUCCGAACUUGAUUUAACAGCCAAAUGAAAUUCUGAGACUCUAAAAUGAAGGGUUUAAAUUUGAAUCUUCUGAUUCGAACUUUAAUUGGAGAGUCUUUUCAAUUUGUGAAUAAAAACCAUUAUGGAUUAUAGAGCAGAUCUAUUCUAGCAGCUUUGUCAAAAUAGGCUCUUAAGACCUAAUAAUUGUGGAGAUAAGUUUCUGUAAAAGUGUGCUAUUUGAGCAAAGCUGUUUAAAAUUGUAAUAGGUUACAUAAAAAGCCCCCAAUAGCUUUUUACUUAAGUUCUAAGUAGAAUUUUCCAACUCAGAGCUUCUACUUUCAGGGCUCAAAGAUCAAUUAUUUUUGCUUCUCACCCAAGUCUGAAACUCUAGUCUCUCCGCAUCUUGAACAAAGAAGUUGUUCAUGAAGUUUAGCAAAAAGGCACUUAUAACUGAUUUUUCGAGCUCCGAAAGUUAUUUUUCUUUUUGGGGAAAAAAAAACUCCUACCACUUUCUUUUCAAAAGAGGCAAAGGACUUUAGACCCUCGACUUCCAUCACAAUCACUGCAAUAUCUUCUGCUACAUGAGUUUUGCAUCUUUAACUCAACUUCUAUACAUAGAACAAUGAAGACAACCUCCCUCUAUCUCAAACCAUCCACUACUUCUGCACUUUAAGCCACUAUCUAUCAAAGGUAAGUAAUUGAAUCAAAGUUCCACCUCACCCUUCUUUAAACUAAGUCCUUACCAAACCUCUUCUGGGAAUGACUUGGUUCAAGUGAUACAAUCUCCUAAUUUUAGUGUUACAUGCAUGAAUUCAUCUUCUACUUGGUGGAGGUUGUUUACAGAAAAAGUGGAGUCCCUUUCACAUACAAACACCAAGGAACAUAGCUGCACUAGGAGGUAGAAAUUAAUGUGGGCCUCUCAUCUAUAUAUAACGUGGAAUAGUUGAUAAAAGCUAGUGCACAAGCUCAUCCCACAGGGGCUAAGGAGUGGGCUCUAUGGAGGGUCCCAGUGAGAGAAAAAGGCCUUUUGGCGCGUGCAGAGAGCUCAAGCCAUAUAUUUUCAUGAUCUUUGUGCAGUUGAGCUUUGCAGGGAUGACCAUAGUGGCGAAAUUCGCGCUGAAUGAAGGAAUGAGCCCUUUCACCUUCGUCGUGUAUCGACACAUUCUUGCUGCUGUAGUUGUCUCACCUUUUGCUUGGUUCUUUGAAAGGAAAAAAAGAGUGCAGUUAACCUACUCAAUAGUUCUAAAGAUUAUAGCACUGGGACUUCUGGAGCCGGUUUUGGAUCAAAACCUCUACUACUUAGGAAUGAAGAAGACAUCGGCCGCCUUCACCGCAGCCAUGUCCAAUUUGCUCCCUGCGAUAACCUUCGUAAUGGCUUGGGUCCUUCGGCUGGAGAGAGUGAGUUGGAAUGAGAAAAGAAGCCUAGCUAAGGUGAUCGGAACAACGGUUUCUGUGUCAGGCGCGAUGGUGAUGACACUAUACAAAGGCCCUCUUAUUUUGAGGGGAUCGUCGAUCUCAAAGUUAAAUCGCGAGGCUGAAACUGGAACAUCCAGUAGGGACUUUGUGAAGGGUUCUCUCUUCCUGAUUUUCGCCUGCAGCUCUUGGUCUGGCUUUAUGAUACUUCAAGCUAUCACACUAAGGGACUAUCCUCUAGAGUUCACUGUAACAGCCAUGACAUGCUUAUCUGGCGCAGCAUUGGGGGCGGUAUCAGCUCUAGUGAAAGAGCGCAACGCCGCAGCUUGGAAGAUAGGUUGGGAUCUAAAGCUCGUCACCGUUGCCUACUCGGCUGUGGUAUGCUCAGGGUUAGCAUGGUGCUUGCAAGGGUCUGUGAUGAAACGAAGGGGGCCGGUUUUCGUCACCGCGUUCAGCCCACUAAGCAUGAUUGUAGUCGCGAUCGUGGGCUUGUUCUUCUUAGCAGAGGAUCUGCUUCUUGGCAGGCUUAUUGGGGCAGUUCUCAUAAUGAGUGGACUCUACAUGGUUGUGUGGGGAAAGAGGCAGGAUCAGAGAGUGUUGCCUCAGGAAGAGAAGGGAACAGUUGAGUUAACAGCAGGUGGAGUGGAUCCUUGAGAGAUGUAGGAAAAAAGGGAAAAGAGUCAAUUUUGUAUCUCUCAGUUCAUAAAGAUACAUACAUCAAUGGGGCAUAAAACUUUUUUGACUUAAAAAA